AUGGCGAGUUCGACUUCCCUCGAGACCAUGGUCCCGUCGUCCUGCUCCCGGACCGGAGCCUCCACUGCCACGUCCAAAACCUUGGCCUUUUCCAUCGAGAGGAUCAUGGCCAAGACUUCGGAGCCCAAGCCCCCAUUCGAACCCCGGGGACCAGGGGGCCUAGAGGUGGACGGGGGAGCCAAGAAGAUGCUCAGCCUCUGCUCGUCCUUGCCUUGUAUGAUUCCCAUUCAGCCCCUGGGCUACGAAAUGCCGUCCAAGACUCUGCUGAACUACACUGAGCUUUGGAAGAAUAGCCUCCGAGGAGGCGGAGGUGGUGGCGGAGGUGGUGGUGGCGGUGGGGGCAGCGGGGGAUCCCAGCUCUGCGGCGCCAGCGGCUUGUGCAAAGCUAACUGCGGCGUGUGCUGCAAAGCGGAGCUAAGCCUGGCCCCGUCCGUGCUGCCCACCGGCAGGGUCAUCAAGCCUCAGGUCAUCAACCAGGCCGUGGGGCUGCCGGCCAAUGGCUCCCUCUAUUAUUUCAACUACCUGGAGUCCUCGGCGUAUCCCCCAUCGGAGCUACUCAGUGGGCACCUCUUCCCCUCCAGCAUCCUCAACUCCCAGUCCCCGGCGUCCCUGGCCACCCACCAGAAACUCUUCUUGUUGGAGAACGCCAAGCUGGCCACGUUGGCCGCGGACAAGUUCCCUCAUACCCCUUACCCCCACAAAGAGCGCCUGCCGGGGCAGCUAGACCAAGUAAUGAAGGAGAACACGGCACUGACGGCGGAGCGUAACGGGGCCAAGAGUCACGGCAAACUGGCGGCGAGUUCGGCUGACGGCAAGCCCAAAAACUUCACCUGCGAAGUGUGUGGCAAGGUGUUUAACGCUCACUAUAACCUCACUCGUCACAUGCCGGUCCACACGGGAGCCAGGCCGUUUGUCUGCAAAGUCUGCGGGAAGGGCUUUCGGCAAGCCAGUACCUUGUGCAGACACAAAAUCAUCCACACCCAGGAAAAACCUCACAAAUGCAACCAGUGCGGCAAAGCCUUCAACCGGAGCUCCACGCUUAACACGCACAUCCGAAUCCACGCGGGCUACAAGCCUUUCGUCUGCGAAUUCUGCGGGAAAGGGUUCCACCAAAAAGGAAACUACAAAAAUCACAAACUGACCCACAGUGGAGAGAAACAGUACAAGUGCACCAUCUGCAACAAGGCCUUCCACCAGAUUUAUAACUUGACUUUUCAUAUGCACACCCACAACGACAAGAAGCCUUUCACGUGUGCCACUUGUGGGAAAGGAUUUUGCAGAAACUUUGAUCUAAAGAAGCACGUGAGGAAACUCCAUGACAGUGUGGCCCCCGGAGCCCCCUCCACAAAGGACUUGCCCCGGACGGUGCAGAGCUGA